AAUUUCUUGAAUUUUCGGUAGCGAACAUGAGAAGCUUUCUAGCAGAUAACAAUAGCAAUAACACUACGUGUUACCAACUGACGCAAAAUUCCCUAAAUUCAAAAAUUUUCCUUUUUUGUGUUUAAAAAAAGAAUAAAAAGCGUUUUGGUGCUAUCCAAUCUUUUCAUUCCACUUCUCUUAUCUAGAAAAACCAAGAAUGAGUAAAUUAGGAACAUAAUUAGGAUUACAUAAUCACUUAAUCAAUUUAGUAAAUUGUGACACGAGCAGUAAACAAAUAUUUUUUAUGGCGUACAAUUCAAUUAAGAUAUUAUUUUAAAUAAAAUCAAUAUUAUUGUUUUUGCGCAAGAUGUUAAAUUUGAUUAUGUUUUUCGAAUUUGUCAUUGCAAAGAUGAGUAAAUAAUAAAAUAAAGAGCAAAACUGAACUUUUAACUUUGGAGAUAACAAUUUGCAAAAAAUCACAGACAUUAUUUUUUUCCAAAUUAUUUCUGGUUAAAAUUAAUUCGUUAUCUCAAGGACAUUGUUAAAAAUAGUUGAAAAUUUGAAAAACUCGCGGAAAUAACGUGUUCAUGAUAAUUCCGAAAGAAUAACGAAAUAACAAACCUUCUCUUAUCAAAUCCCUGACGCUCGUUCUUAUCACGAUGCAUAUUAAAACAAGCAGAAAGUGGUCAGUGUUAGUAGCACUCAGCGGUCUGAACCUUCUUCAUUAUCUCCCGAAUUUCGAAAGAUAACUCAUUUCGAAACAAUCGACCAAACACCUCUUGUGUAAUUAUGAAUGGAACUUUUACUUGCAAAAUUGUCAGUGCGGUUUUUGUAAAACAGUUCGUCAAACUUUUCAUGUUGUUUUAUGUUGUUUUAUUCUGACAUCAUGAUGAGAGAUUUAAUCCGAAAUUACAAAUUGUUACUGCAACGAAAAUCCGACACCGAGUCCGAAACCGAAUCGCAGCCUUUGAUGAGCUCGUCUUCGAGCCAUGGUUUCGGGAGCACCAACGAAUAUGGCCUCAAAAACGACUCAGACACUGACACUGAGGCCGACAGAGCUACCAAAAAACAGGCGGCCACGAUUUCACCCAUCCAGAUCCAAAAACCAAACAGACAAUUUUUGUACAAGUCCAGUUACCAACAUCCCGAUUUUGAGGUCUAUUCGCACGACGGGGACGACUACAACACCGAUAUUUUGACCGGGGAAAAAUCUCCAAGUGGCAAAAACGGCGCACCGGUCAAUUAUGACUACCGCGACCCGGAAUUACCGGAAACCAACAGCUCCCUCGUUACCAUAUUCGCAAUUUGGAACACCACAGUGGGGACUUCCCUCUUGUCCAUGUCAUGGGGCAUUGAAAAAACCGGUCUUUUCCCCGCCAUUUUCAUAAAUAUUGCCAUCGCCGCCAUUUGUUUGUACACCACCUACACUAUACUCAAAGUAAACGAAAAACAUGGCGUUAUUGGCCAAAAUGGCGAAGUUUGCGAUUUGUGUCGCGCUCUGAUUGGCCGAUGGGCCGAGAUUUUGGCAAAGAUUUUCUCAUUGGUGGUUUUGAUUGGUGCGAACAUCGUCUACUGGAUUUUAAUGUCGAAUUUUUUCUACCACUCCGUCCAAUUUUUCUACGGAAUUUUGUUGCAUUUGGACGACACUCCCAUCUCGAAUACGUCAGUUUUGUGUCCCAAAAACGAAACAAUCGUCCAAAUCACCAACAGUACAACGAAUCAAUCUGCGUUUAGCCGAAUUUGGGACUUGUAUUCGACUGUACCUGUGAUAUUAGGCUUGAUUAUGUUCCCCAUGUUGAACUGGAAGAGUCCCACUUUUUUCACAAAAUUCAAUAGUUUAGGCACUUUCAGCGUUUUGUACUUAAUUGUUUUCGUUGCGGCUAAAGCCGGGAUUUGGGGGAUUAACAUGCCAGACUGGGAUAUCGUAUUUUACAUGAAACCGACUUUCUGUGCCCUCAGUGGAAUGUUAUCUUUAAGUUAUUUCAUUCACAACAUUAUCAUUUCGAUUAUGAGGAACAACAAACAUCAAGAACAUAAUGGUCGUGAUUUGACAAUUGCGUUCGGUUUAGUGACUUUUACUUAUUUAUUCAUUGGGGUUGUUUUCUACAUUUGUUUUCCAUUACCGAAAUUCUGCAUCGAGGAUAAUAUCCUAAACAAUUUUAACAAAUACGACGUUUUGACAAUAUUGGCAAGGAUUUUAUUAUUGUUUCAACUCUUUACCGUAUUUCCCCUGAUUUCGUACAUGUUACGCAAUGAUGUGUUUGCCAACAUUAAUAUGAUUUUCAAGAACUACAGAUUUGGGGAAUUUACUUAUCCCAGAGUUAUGACACUGAAUUUUCUUAUUUUAACGAUUUGUAUUUCAUUUGCAUGUUUUCUUCCGAGAAUAGGGACUUUAAUUAGAUAUACGGGGGCUUUGAGUGGUUUAGUAUACAUCUUCAUGUUACCAAGUUUACUAAAAAUUGCCAGUUUGAAGAAAGAAGGAAGAUUAACAACACCCAAAUUAAUCUUCCAUGCAGCUAUUAUGAUUGUUGGCAGUUUUAAUCUCCUUUUACAAUUCUUUAUAAGUGAUAAAUAAUUUUUUUAAAUGUAUUUUAUUGUUGUUAUGACUGAUAUUCUUAAUAAAAUAUUUUUACAA